AUCAUGAUUACUACGAAAUUGUAUUAUUGACUUGUAUUAUAAAUAUUUAGAUACGCGAUUUAAAAUCACAAAAUGAGAAAUUUCUUGCGGAAAAUAUUAAGUUGAAGAAAACACUGAAAAAUAAAGAAGACGUCUUAAACGAUAUCAUGGAAUUAAAUGUGUCAUUGCAGAAAUAUAUACUUGACGAAUUUGGCGAAUUAAAAGCUAUUGUAUCAAAUUUAUGCAAAAGAAAUGCUGAAAAGGAACAUUCAAAUCUUGGUGAAUUACCCGUGGGCUAUAGAUGUGAACAAAAAAAUAUGAUGUAUAUUGGUCAUUACGUUUGGAUUACAAAUUGUCAAUAUGACACUAUUGCUGCAAUUAGCAAGUCAUGUGCAAUGUUUGUUAAAAACAUGCAAUUGCUAUUUUUGGGACUACCGUGUUAAGAUGCAGCUCGGUAACAGGGACACAGUCCAACAGGAUAAAAAACAAAACGAAAAAAGAACCUCGCCCAAAA